AUAUAUAAGCCUCCGUGGAACAAAAGAAUAACUUCAAAAUACUCCGCAAACAGAAAUGGCCACUUCCCCGCGCUCUCUUCUGCUCGUCCUUUUCCUCCUCCUUAUCAAUCCCACGCCUUCUUCUUCGCUUUUCCUCCCACUUUUUCAGUACGAAACCGCUAUCUCCCUAACUCACACACUCUUCAACCGCGUCGCCGACCACCGCGCCGCACUCGGCGAUGUUCUCGGCGCUGCCAGGGUACGGUCAAUCGCCAAAAUCAUAAAUCAAGCGCGUGGGAUUGGUUUAUGGAAGCUGAUGUGGAAUCACGGACGGUCCUUCGUCCGGAACUCCUUCAAUUUCAACUUGCUGGUCAGAACUUUGGGAGAGUUAACUCGGGUCGGGUCGGAAGAGGAUCAGGAAAAGUUAGCGAAUCGGAAUAACGGAAAUGUCAUUGAAAUUGCUAAUGAUCUAUCUGGUGGAAUGCAGAAGGCGUUUAGUGAAUCUGGUGCUUUUGCGGAAUUAAUGGAGCUGGUCAGGAAGGAGGUUGUGGAGGGUGACUUGUUGAAAGACUGCCUGCGGGUUGGUGGAAGCGAUUUGAAAGCAUUGAUCCAAAAUUUGAAGAAUAUUUCUUUGCAAUUAACUAAUUCCUCUCCUUCCAACCAAACAGAUAUAUGAAUUAGCCUAAUUUACUGCUUUCCUUCUGCGAAUGAAAAACAUUGCCUAUCUCCCUACUUUAUUGUUACGAGUGAACUUAGUGAGCAACGUGAUAUGCUCAUUGGAGGCUUGGAGCACAUUUAUAAACUAGUAAAUUGCUCGCGCUUUGCGUGAAUGUAAUGUGCCCAACUUUCAAUGGUAAUGAAUUGUGUCAAAUGUGUUCAAGAUAAGUAUUUAUAGAAUGUUUAUUUUAAGGGGUACUUUGUACUCC